GCGAGUCCUUGAGCACAGUCAAGAUUCAGGUUCAGCAAAUGCGCCGGUAUCUGGAACUUGACCAGCUCAUGGAUGCGUUGAAAGCCGCGAGCCUCAUGCUCGCAGAGUUACGAACCUCGUCCCUGUCUCCAAAACAGUACUACGAGCUGUACAUGGCUGUAUUUGAUGCUCUUCGUCACUUAUCCAACUAUUUAUCCGAGGCCCACACACAAGGCCGCCAUCACCUCGCCGACCUCUACGAGCUUGUACAAUAUGCCGGCAAUAUUGUCCCGCGACUAUACCUUAUGGUAACCGUUGGUUCCGUGUACAUGUCCAUCGCCGACGCGCCUGUGAAGGAGAUUAUGAAGGAUAUGAUGGAAAUGUCGCGCGGGGUGCUGCACCCCAUUCGCGGUCUUUUUCUGCGCCAUUAUCUCAGCGGUCAGACGAGGGACCAUUUGCCUGUCGGGGACGACCCAGGACCACAAGGCAACUUGCAAGACUCCAUUUCGUUCGUGCUGACGAACUUCAUCGAGAUGAACAAGCUCUGGGUGCGCUUACAACACCAAGGCCAUUCGCGCGACCGGGAGAAGCGUGAAAUGGAGCGCAAGGACCUCAGGAUCCUCGUAGGCACCAACCUCGUUCGUCUGAGCCAGCUCGACGGCGUGGAUCUCGAGAUGUAUCAGAAGAACAUUCUACCCAGCAUUCUGCAGCAGGUCGUGAGCUGCAAAGACGUCAUUGCGCAGGAGUACUUGAUGGAGGUGGUAAUUCAGGUCUUCACGGACGAGUUCCAUCUACAUACACUCGGCCAAUUCCUGUCUGCCACCGCGCAGCUACACCCGAAGGUCAACAUCAAACAAAUCGUGAUCGCGCUCAUUGACCGUUUGGCUGCCUACGCUGCACGUGAAGCCGAGAACGAAGAUCCUGAAGAGAUGAAGCGCCAGGAGGAAGCCGCAGCUAAGCGAUUGGCAGAGAAGGUCAACGCCCGCCUCAGGCAGAGUGAGGUUGUCAAUGGCGCGCAUGAAACAGAGGCUCCAGCUGUUCACGAUGCCUCCGUAGGCUGGGGAUCUACACCACAAAGUCCCGUAGUGGAAAAACUAGCGACGACCACGGAGGAGCCUACGACCAAUGGAUCUACGGAGGAAACGCCACCAGAGAAGGUUGACAAGGGCAAGGAGCGCGAGAUUUCACCUGUUAGAAAGUUCCGCGGUAUUCCUGAAAAUGUCAAGCUCUUUGAAAUUUUCUGGCACCAGGUCGUAGAGCUGAUCAAGGCUCGACCAGAUCUUUCCAUCCAGGAUAUAACAGCUCUGCUAGUCUCCAUCACAAAUCUUUCAGUGAGCUGCUACCCUGACCGACUUGAAUACGUCGACCAGGUUCUCGGGUUCGCUCAGGAGAAAAUUCAAGAAUUCGCGACUAGCCCCGAUUUGCAUUCUUCACAGACUACAGCUAACUUGGCAGCGCUACUGCUUGCACCGAUCAAUUCCUAUCAAUCUGUGCUCACUCUUCUUGCUCUCGAACGAUACGCCCCUCUUCUUACCCUGCAGCCGUUCAGUACCCGUCGCUCGCUCUCCCAUGCUCUCAUCUCAUCUGUCCUCAAGAACGAAACUAUUAUUGAAGCCCCUGGGGAUGUGAAUGGAAUUCUGGAACUAUGCCAUGUACUUAUACGGGAUCAACAAGACGGUACAGUCAGCUCAACGUCGCUUGCGUCCCAGAUAUCGGGACGCGAGCGAAGAGGAGGCACUUAUCUGCACGAAAAGGAAGAGAUGGCGGAAGAGCAGGGAUGGAUCGCACGGAUGGUGCAUCUUUUCCGGGCAGACUCUUUGGAUGUGCAGUUCGAGAUUUUGCAAACCGCGCGAAGACACUUCGAGACUGGUGGCGAGCGUAUGCGGUACACAUACCCCGCCCUCAUUACCUCCGCGGUCAAGCUGGUCCGGAGAUACAAAAACCGAGAGCACCUUGAGGACGAGUGGCAAACGAAGGCGCAGUCGAUACUCAAAUUUGUGCGUCAGAUCACAAAUAUCCUUGCGACAACGGUCGAAGCGCCCUCAAUAGCCCUGCGCCUCUUCCUCCUCGCUGCGCAGAUUUCGGACGAGUGCGGCUUCGAGGACCUGACGUAUGACCUGUACGUACAGGCGUUUACCGUCUACGAAGACAGUAUCUCGGAGAGCCGGGCGCAGCUGCAGGCUAUCACGCUCAUCAUCGGCACACUCCAGGGCGCGCGUGUGUUCGGCGAGGACAAUUACGACACGCUGAUCACUAAGGCGGCUCUGCACGGCGCGCGAUUACUCAAGAAGCCGCAUCAGGCGACGGUGGUCAAUCUCGCGAGCCACCUGUGGUGGCAGGAGAUCCCACCCGAGGACGAGCCGCCGGCGAAGGAGCCUACAGAAAAACCGGCUGCGGGUGCGAAAGAUGACGACUCGGAGAGCCCAAAAGCGUACCCGCACCAGGACAGCAAGCGUGUGCUCGAGUGCUUGCAGAAGGCGCUCCGCAUCGCGAACUCUGCAACGGAGGAGAUCGUUACCAUCCAGUUGUAUUGCGACACGCUGGACAAGUAUCUGUACUACUUGGACCGCGGCGCGCCAGCGGUGACGCCCAAGUUCGUGAACAGCCUCGUCGAGCUGAUCACCUCGAGCAUCGACAGCAUCUCUUCGCCCGACGUGCAUCCAACGCAGCGCGCGCCACCUGGGCUGCUCGAAGGCGUACAGACCCCCGAUAUGAUCACGAGACACUUCCGCAACACGCUGGAGUACAUACAGAAUAAGAAGGCGGUGGCGGAGCCAGGCACGUCGCGAUGGGGGGACGUCGAAAUCGUCGGCGCGCUGCUCAAGAUGGGUAUCACGCGGUAGUAUUGCCGCCGCUGUCGCCUGUAUUAGUUCUUCGGUAUUUCAUCAGUAUUUUGUUUAGUGUGACAUUUGGAGGAUCUGCAGCUGUGUCUAUAGCUACGACGGUACGGGAUACGCUUCCGCGAUCGCCUGUACUAUCUGGGGAAACCGGUCAGCAGGCACGAGCAUCAUCCUGAGGGAUGUGUCAAGACCAAAGGACUCGCUAUCGCGGGGUUGCGUAUUGGUAUAAGAGAAGUCUAUCACAUGCGAAGCGAACUACGGAAACAUGAUGAGCAUGGUAUUUCAAGGCUGCGGAGUCGCGUACCUGGGCGAUUUCUUCGUCCUCUGGGUGCAUAGGGACUAUACCGUUCUGCCUUGGUUUAGGCACAGGUUUCUGACGCUUGGAACGGAACGCGCUGGCUUCGAGCUCUGCAACUUCCUCCGAUGAGGGCCGGUACGUCUGAGAGAUGAAGAGGUAGUGCGAGAACCGGAAGGGCUCAUUGUCCUCCGCUGCCCACCGAAGCUCCUCCUCGAGCAUGCGAUACGUAGGCGGCAUGAGCUGCACAGGCAUGUUGAUGAGGCGUUCGGAGAACACCAAGCCUACGUGGUUUGCAGACUGGAGGCCGGCUGGUCCAAGGAGCUCUUGCAGGGCCGCAUGGAACUCGCGAUUCGGCGCGGAACCUUUGAGGGCGUAAUCGGUGAUGGCUCUGACUGAGGGCCUGCCCUGGUGCUUAUGAAGAUUCAGGACUGUCAAGACCGCGUAGGGGUCGCUCUCCUUUCCGUCACAUUUUAUGGUAGUCCCUACUCUCUGCUGCGACAGAAUAAGAUCUGUCAGGUCGUGUACUUUGAGUUGCUCUGCGUCGGCCUGGAACAGCUGGUUCGCAAGACGCAUCAUGGCGAGGUAGUCCACCUCCGGAUUUGGGUCAAAGAAAUCGAAGUCGACAUCGACAAGGCUCACUUCGCUGUCAUCGCC